AUGUUAUUAAUAUAUUUUACGGUUUUUAUAUUUUCAUCACAAACUAUUAAAUAUGUAAUUUCUGAAGAAGCUGUCUUUAAUUAUAUUUGUGGUAAUGAUCCUUAUCGAUUUUUUUCACAUGUUCCUUGUGAAUAUUAUCAAAUAUGCCCAAAUGGAGGUUUUGACGCAUUUAUAAAAUGUAAAUUAAAUGAAGAUUGUAAAGCUGUAAGUACAUCUUUAAUGUGUGUUAUAAACCGUUGUUGUACAUUGCCAAAUGUUGUUUCUCAAGUAUAUAUAAAAUCAUCAACAAAAAUAAAUAUUAAUAUUAAAUAUAUGUCGAUUAUAAUAGGAGUUUUUACAUGGAUAGCAAACGAUUUAUUUUAA